CUGUUUCAUAUGUCAUCAGAUCCUGUGUCGCAGUGAGUCUGCAGUUCCUCUGGCUGACUAUCCGCGUCAUCAGCUCCAGAAGACUAAAGAGGAGGUCUGAGCCUGGGUCCAGUAAGAGGGAGGGUUACAGAGGAGAGGAAGAGGUGACAAGAAUAAGAAGACGACAGUGACGCAGAGAGGAGGACAGACAGAGAGAAGAGAAGCAGUGAUAGUAUCAGACGACCAGAGAGACUGUUGUUCAAAGAUGGAUUUAAAUUUGCUCCAGGCUCUGGAGAGAGAAAGAGUCCUGGAGGUUCUUCGGAGAGACAAACAGCUGCGUAUUAUUGAAGAGGACAGGAUCAGGAGGAUGAAAUACGAGCUCCAGGAGCUUCGAAGGAGAGGUGCCAAGAGUUUCGCCCGGCAGUACGGUGAGCGGACCUGCGCCCGCUGCCAGAGGCCGCUGGGAAAAUUCUGGAACUCGGGCGCAGUCUGCCGCGGCUGCAGCCACCGGAUCUGCAGCAGGUGUCGCGUAGGCGCGGGGGCAGCGGACUGGAAGUGCACGGUCUGCCACGCCUAUAGGGAAGUGAAGAUCAGGUCUGGAGAGUGGUUCUUAGAGGAAAAGGCAAAGAAAUUUCCAGUCACCAUAGACAAAUAUCACACAGUCGGGGAGACACUAUUAAAGACCUACAAUGUGCUGAGUCAUAUAUCAGUCGUGCCACCCACUCCUCCACCCCAUUUGGAUUAUCAGUUUCUGAGCAAAUUUGGGGAUUUGAAGAAUUCAAAACCCUUUACGAAAUCUAUGGAAGAUCUAAUGGUCUCAUUCACGACUCGCAUCAGAAAGAUUUCAACCUCUCAUAAUGAUGUGCGAGGAGACCUGCUGAAAGUUGACAGCAACAGCCGCCAAGGGUCGAGCGUCACCUACAGCGCCCAGAAGAGCCUGUCUGACGGCGACAUCAACGCAGCUGCACGGCUCUUUAAAGUCCCGAGUCUUCCAAACCUGUUCAAGAAAAGCAAAGACAGUGACCAGGAAGGCUCCUCCACCGGGGCAGAAGAAGAAACUUCCUUCAGUUCUGAGUACUCCGGAGGCAAGAGAGGCAGCAACAGCAGCAUCGGCACAGACUGCGGCCUCUUUGAGAGCGUCAGCGUGGCAGGGGAGCUGGAGCUGGCUCUGGCCUACAACGCCAGCACCUCCUGUCUGGAGAUCGUGGUCGGCGGCUGCAGACACCUCACGUAUGGAGACGCCAGAAAGAGGAAGUGUCACCCAUACGUCAAACUCUUCGUGCUGCCGGAGAAGGGCGGCAAAAUGAAGACGACAGUGAAGAAAAACACGACUGAUCCGGUUUAUAAUGAAGUUCUGAAGUAUCAAAUAGAGCGCCACCUGCUGUUUGGAAAGAGACUGCAGGCCUCCGUGUGGCACUCAAGAACCCUGAAAAGGAAGGUGUUUCUCGGCGAGGUCCUUAUCCCGCUGGACGGCUGGAGAUUCGAUGACGCAGCCUCCCGGUGCUCCAACUGGUACCCGCUGUGUCCAAAGGCUGAGAGUCCAGAUGGCGGCGCCAUGGAGCGGGACGGAGGAGAACUGCCGGUCAGCUCCGACAACCAGGGUGUCUGACUCUGGAAGUAGGCGGAGGGCUCGUCCAGAUGACAUCCGUUUCUGAAGUUGAGACCGGGCGUCUCACCAGCUGCUGUUUUGACAAAGUCCCCAAGGCGUCUCUCUGGAUCUGGACCUGUGGGACCAAAGCCCCUCCGCUGGGGGACCCUAGGGAGGGGCUCAAAUAGACGCUGGCAACAGCAGAGAUUUCCUUUCUCUCAUCCUAAAUAACCAAUUCUCUGGUAACGCAUCCGUUUCAGAAUUAUACAUAUUUUAAUCUGGACCAAAGUGGUGAACUGACUGACUGACUGUAUAUAAACAAUUAAUGAAUGGUUUGAAUCACACUAUAACUUAUUUGUAAGCAGAUAUAAGGCUAUGUUUAACUGAUCAGCAAUGUGUUUGUCAACAACUACAACUCCUCUUGUGAAGCAUUUGUAAGAACUGAUGAAUGAUUACAAUUUAAGAUAAGAGAGACUGGAUGUUGUUGUAUUUUAUAGGAACACAA